GGGGCUGAGGCUCCGGCCGUCGGCGGACGCAGCAGCCGCGGCCCACGAACCGGGAGUUUGGCGCUGGAGCCACUUGGUCUCGGAGUGCCGUGUCUGUAGGCGACGCGGCGCAGCCCAGGGGAGCCUUCCCAGCUGGUUGUGAAGUCUCUGCGUGUGCGAUCGAUCGACUGGCAAAGCUACUAUGAGUCUCUUAAACUGUGAGAACAGCUGUGGGUCCAGCCAGUUGUCCAGUGACUGCUGCGCUGCCAUGGCCGCCUCCUGCAGCGCUGCAGUGAAGGAUGACAGCGUGAGUGGCUCUGCCAGUACGGGGAACCUCUCCAGCUCCUUCAUGGAGGAGAUCCAGGGCUACGAUGUGGAGUUUGACCCACCUCUGGAGAGCAAGUAUGAGUGCCCCAUCUGCUUGAUGGCUUUACGGGAAGCAGUGCAAACACCAUGUGGCCACAGGUUCUGCAAAGCCUGCAUCAUCAAAUCCAUAAGGGAUGCAGGUCACAAGUGCCCAGUUGACAAUGAAAUACUGCUGGAAAAUCAACUGUUUCCUGACAAUUUUGCAAAGCGAGAGAUUCUUUCCCUGACGGUAAAGUGCCCAAAUAAAGGCUGUUUGCAAAAGAUGGAACUGAGACAUCUCGAGGAUCAUCAAGUACAUUGUGAAUUUGCUCUAGUGAAUUGUCCCCAAUGCCAACGUCCUUUCCAAAAGUGCCAGGUUAAUACACACGUUAUCGAGGAUUGUCCCAGGAGACAGGUUUCUUGUGUAAACUGUGCUGUGUCCAUGGCAUAUGAAGAGAAAGAGGUCCACGAUCAGAGCUGCCCCCUGGCAAAUACCAUCUGUGAAUACUGUGGCACCGUCCUCAUCAGAGAACAGAUGCCUAAUCAUUAUGAUCUAGACUGCCCAACAGCUCCAAUCCCUUGUACAUUCAGUGUUUUUGGCUGUCAUGAAAAGAUGCAGAGGAAUCACUUGGCACGACACUUGCAAGAGAAUACCCAGUUGCACAUGAGACUGUUGGCCCAGGCUGUUCAUAAUGUUAACCUCACUUUGCGUCCGUGUGAUGCCUCCUCUCCAUCCCGGGGAUAUCGUCCAGAGGACCCAAAUUAUGAGGAAACUAUCAAACAGUUGGAGGGUCGCCUAGUAAGACAGGACCAUCAAAUCCGGGAGCUGACUGCCAAAAUGGAAACUCAGAGCACGUAUGUGAGCGAGCUCAAACGGACCAUCCGAACCCUUGAGGACAAGGUUUCGGAAAUGGAAGCACAGCAGUGUAAUGGGAUUUACAUUUGGAAGAUUGGCAACUUUGGGAUGCACUUGAAAUCCCAAGAAGAGGAAAGACCUGUUGUCAUUCAUAGCCCUGGAUUCUACACAGGCAGACCUGGAUACAAGCUGUGCAUGCGCCUGCACCUUCAGUUACCAACGGCUCAACGCUGUGCAAACUAUAUAUCCCUUUUUGUCCACACAAUGCAAGGAGAAUAUGACAGCCACCUCCCCUGGCCCUUCCAGGGGACAAUACGCCUUACGAUUCUUGACCAGUCUGAAGCAGUUAUAAGGCAAAACCACGAAGAGGUCAUGGAUGCUAAACCAGAACUGCUUGCCUUUCAGCGACCCACAAUCCCACGGAACCCCAAAGGUUUUGGCUAUGUAACAUUUAUGCACCUGGAAGCCUUAAGACAGGGAACCUUCAUUAAGGAUGAUACAUUAUUAGUGCGCUGUGAAGUCACUACCCGCUUUGACAUGGGUGGCCUUCGGAAGGAGGCUUUCCAGCCACGAAGUACUGAUGCAGGGGUGUAACGUCCAUUUACUUGUGUUCAAAAACUAGGAACCAUAUGGAAAAACUGUGCCUUCCAUGCCUGGUCCCAGUAAACAGUAUUCAAACAAGCAGUGGGAGAAGUGUAAGGCCUAGCAGCAGAUGUCAUCAGUGAGGUCUUGUUCCACUUCUUAUUGUUAACAAAUAUCUGAGGCAGUUCCCAUGGGAACCUACGUGCCCCUUGUGUCUUCAAAACCUUAACAUUUGAAGGGCCUGUGGCCCCUCUGUUUGUCAGGGUACCUCUUCACUGUGCUUCCAUGGGCUUUUUGUCCAUGUACUUUACUGUAAAAAAGGCCAGAGUUAGUGUGCUAAAGCUCAAUCAUUUAAUAAUACUGGUACCUUAGAAACUUGUAGUGUUUUUAGGGCAUUUAUUACUAUAUUAAACAUGAGAAUCACCACUGCCUGUGCUGGUGCCAGUGGAAAAGUUACUGCUCUGGUGUUGAGUUCUCAUUUUUGUUGACUCCUGUGAAUUUCAGAGGCUUUAAACCAUGAUCCCUGGAAAGCUUAAGUUCUCAAGUACUCCCU